CGCGACGCGAUUCCCGGAAGACAAUACAAAGUGGUCUGUUUGGGUGGUAGAUAACAGGUUCCAUAAAGUUCCGUUCGAAUCCAAUAUUUGUCCUCAUCGGGCCAGCCCGUCGGAUUCUAGUCACGACUGGCUGCUGUGUCUCAGCCGGAGCCAGGGAGCGCAAAGAUUCCUCGGUCUAUAUCAGGGGCCGGCGUCAAAGAACAGAAGUUCGAUAAUAAUUAUCCAACGAAUUUGCAGAAAAAGCAGAGACCCGCUCUCGCCGAGGAACAAAGAGACGGCGGAUGAGCCAACGGCUGAACGGGGAAUCCGUGAAAUUUAACAAAGCGGGCUCGGUCUGCGGAAUUUGAAUGACAAAGGGAAAAAUAGAGAUUCUUCGGCAAAGGACCUCGCCGUGCCGGGGAAGAUGCUAGCCUGGAUCAAACCGAAUCUCGGCAAGAAUCAGAUCAAGCGGCUGGGGGCCGUGCUGCGCGUCCUGCGACACUAUUGCACCAAUGCGACCGUCCACGGAUUGAGAUACGUCGUCGAUCCUCACCUUCACGGGAUCGAACGGUUCCUCUGGUUCUUCAUCUUCGCUACGCACGCCAUCUUGGCGGCGACUGCCAUGCUGUAUCUGACACAGAGAGUUCAGGAAGCGCCGACGUCAAUCGGCAUCGAAUCGAUGCAUCACAGAAUAUCCAGCGUCCCGUUCCCGAGCGUCACUCUCUGUCCGAACGAUCGUGUCGAUUGGACCAAGCUCCUCGAGCUGGAGAAGCUGAUUUUUCCGAAUAAUACCGAUCGUCGGACGCUCAAGACCUUCCGGGACGUGAUGCUCCAGCUUUCCGUCAUCAGCUUCGGCGAUUUCCAACUGUUCGACUUUUUGAAACGGCGUCGGCUCGAUGGACUGACCGAUGUGAACGUGACGGACGUUCUGCUGCAAGUGGUGCCCAGCUGCUCCCAGCUGUUCGUGCGCUGCUGGUGGCGGAACUCGUUCCGAGACUGCUGCGAGAUAUUCGAGCUGCAGAAGACCGAGUACGGAUUCUGUUACUCGUUCAAUUCUCAGCUGGCGGAGACGGUGAACCAACGGAAGUAUCACGGCUACCGGGAACAUCGUCCCCGCAGAGCAACCAGCUAUGGCGCCUGGAGCGGUCUCAGGGUCACCGCUCGGAUGGCGAACGUGACCAAGCCGCCGGAUUCGCACGAGUCCGACGGUAUUUUAUUCAUGUUGGACGACCCGAGAGUGUGGCCCAACAACGGGCGAGUGAUCCCAGCGAACUCGCUGACCACCGUAUCGUUCGAUUGCAUCUCCGGGUUCGCUACCCAAUCGAUUCUGGAGCUCGACGAAAGCAGAGCGCCUUGCAGACACAAGCCCGAGAUGCUCUACGCUCAGGAGACCUGCAUAUCGUUUUGCAAGCAGAAGCAUACCAUCGAACACUGCGGGUGCAAUCCUUCGUUCAUGUUUCCAGCCGGUUCCACGCGCGAGUGCAACGUAUCCGACUUCAUCUGUCUAGCCGAUCACAACGACCUGUAUAGAGAUAAUAUCUUAACGGAAGAGGAGGAGGCGUUUGAGAAGGAUCCAGUGAUAUGCAACUGUCCGCCGGGCUGCGACUAUAACAUCUACACACCGCACUUAUCAGCGGUGAGGUUGUAUCAGUCGGCGGACAUCACGGUGGACGUGCAUUUCUCCAGCCAGACGAACUUCCGCUACAAGAUGGACCUGGUCUACACUCGCAUCAAUUUUCUCGUGUCCUUUGGCGGGAUAAUCGGCUUGUUCCUGGGCGGCUCGUUGCUCAGCGCGAUCGAGCUGGUCUAUUACCUGGCGGUGAUGGUGUUCCGUUACCUGGCCUCGUGUCGUCCCGAGGCACAUCCACGUGCCGGAAGGAAGAUCGUGAACUCCGGCGGCCCUCCGACGACGCUGCUCGCAUUGCCCAUUCAGGAUUACGGCCCAGUAAAACCGAGACCGAAGAGAAUCCCGAUUUUAGUGAAUUACGCCGCAGCGAAAUCGAAUUUGAACAGAUACUGAGCCAGCUCCGGGACCGGUCGAGUUUUUAAGCGGUCGCUCGGGCGAUUAUCGUUACUCACGAUUUAUCGGCGAACGAGGGCCGAGGAGAGAGAGAGAGAGGCCGGGCAAGGAGGAGCAAGAAGUCGGCAAGAGAGCAGCAUCGAUUUCGCGUAACAAUCUCGUUUUUUUACUGCAAAUAGAGGCGACCCGGUUAGACGGUAAUCACGGCCGCGAAACACCGGUCGCGCGUCGCGACGCCCACGCCGAACGAUAACGCCCCGAACGGAAUUAUGUAAACGCAGGCCGUAGGGAAUCGAUUCGUUCCUGAAUGUUCGCCACCGUCGUUUCGACGUGUUGACCGGACCAAUAGCUGCCCCGUUGCAGGAUGCUCGAGUUACGAGAUCGGCAGCUUCUGCAUUAAGUUUUACUUUGCCCGGCGAUCAAGCGGGCGCGUUUAUUUGGCGCUCAAGCGAUUGGGGAAUCGUAGAGGACGAGAUUGAACCGAGUUUAACGCGAGCCCGUUUAGUUCGAAUCGCAGCGAGCUUUCAAAUCGUAUACGCGAACGUGCAGAUUUGCUUUUUACUGCUUGACUUCUUCGUGUCCUUGGUUUAGCGGCACCGAAAAAAUUACUCGAGAUAUCUGCACGUUCUUCGAGAGACUUAACCUUUUGCACUCGAAGCUAUUUUAAUUCAAAAUAUGUUUUCUGAUCAAAUUGAACU